CUGUGCCGUAGGAGCACGGGGUGAGUUACUCCGGACUUGUGCGCUAAGGGCCCGGCACAUGACAGAGGGGUGGAGGAAGUGCUGCAGGGGCACGACACUAAGCCGCCCCACAAGCCUAUAAGAAGUUGACUGACCUCGCCACUUAGCACCGCAGUGUCCAGACUGUCCAGCUGUUUGAUCUGCACACCGAACGAACUCAACUUUUUUUCAACUUCCCUCGCUGGAGACCGAUGAAGUCUGAGGCCCGAGGUGCCGCCGGCGACUUCGGGGGCUGUCACAGGGGAUUUGGACCCACACACAUCACGUCCGGAGUAGCCGUGAAACAUACGCAGUGAUUUUUGUUUUUUUCCUUCCUCUCUUCUUACAUACACAUUCGGAGACACUGAGUCUCAUCCAAUGAUGUCUGCGGCGUGCUGACGUGCCAUCAGAGACGGCUGUUUGUCUGCAGAGCUCAUCUGGCCCAGUUCGAGAGCCCCUGCCAAGGUCCUCGUAUCUGUUUGAAGAGGAGUCAGAAAUGGCGCCCGCCGUCGGUGGACCUCAGGGCUACACGCCGCCUGAGGGUGGCUGGGGAUGGAUGGUGGUGACGGGGGCUUUCAUAUCCAUCGGCUUCUCUUACGCAUUCCCCAAGUCCAUCACGGUCUUCUUCAAAGAGAUCGAGGUGAUCUUCGAUGUGACCAGCAGCCAGGUGUCCUGGAUCUCCUCCAUCAUGUUAGCGGUGAUGUACGGCGGAGGUCCCUUAAGCAGCAUCCUGGUGAAUAAAUAUGGGAGUCGCCCUGUUAUGAUGGCAGGAGGAUGCCUGUCUGGGUUGGGCCUUGUUGCCGCCUCCUUCUGCAACUCUGUUCAAGCACUGUACUUCUGUAUUGGUGUGGUGGGAGGUUUGGGAUUGGCUUUCAACCUCAACCCGGCCCUCACCAUGAUUGGAAAGUACUUCUACAUAAAGCGGCCUAUCGCUAACGGCAUCGCCAUGGCCGGCAGUCCGGUCUUUCUCUCCACCCUGGCUCCGUUGAACACGUGGUUCUUUGACCGGUUUGGCUGGCGGGGAAGUUUCCUGAUUCUCGGUGGCCUGCUCUUCAACUGCUGUGUUGCUGGGUCCCUGAUGCGGCCCAUAGGGCCCAAGCCCAAGCCCGCAGAGAAGACCACGGAGAGGAGGACCGCCAUGCAGGUCGUCAACGGCUUCAUUGACCUCUCUUUGUUCAAGCACCGUGGAUUCUUACUUUAUAUCAUGGGCAAUGUGAUCAUGUUUUUUGGCCUCUUUGCACCACUGGUGUUCCUCAGCAAUUAUGCAAAGAGUAAAGACAUCCCCAAAGAGAAGGCAGCGUUCUUGUUGUCUGUGCUGGCUUUUGUUGACAUGGUUGCCCGCCCCACGAUGGGCAUCGUGGCUAACACAAAAUGGGUGCGGCCCAGAAUACAGUACUUCUUUGCGGCCUCUGUGCUGUACAACGGCGUGUGCCACCUUCUAGCGCCAAAGUCGGUUGACUACAAAGGCUUUGUCAUUUACGCCAUCUUCUUCGGCUUUGCCUUUGGCUGGCUGAGCUCAGUGCUUUUUGAGACCUUAAUGGACCUGGUGGGAACUCAGCGCUUCUCCAGCGCUGUUGGACUGGUCACUAUCGUGGAGUGUGGCCCUGUGUUGUUGGGGCCCCCUUUGCUUGGAAGGUUCAAAGACAUCUAUCAUGAUUACAAGUACACGUACCAGGGCUGCGGGAUCCUCCUCAUUGUCUCCAGCGUCCUCCUGUUCGCCGGGAUGGGGCUCAACUAUCGGCUGCUGGACAAAGAGAAGAGAGAGGAAGAGCGCAGGGCCAGGGUGGGCGGUAGAGAGCAGAAGUCCAACAGGGACAAUGCUGCCAAGGAAAUGGCAGAGGCUAACAAGACGGACGACACAGUCUAAUAUUUGGUGCCAUGUUGAGUUACAUUUUUGUUCAAUUUAAUGUCUGUGAGGUGAAUGUUCAUCACAAACAGAUGCUUGUGUGGAACAGCACAGAAAACAAUGGCUUUUAUGACUCCUCUUCUGUUUCAUAAAGCUUUGUUUUUGAUGACCACCCAUAGAAAUCAUAGCUUCAUUUUCAAUACCAUGUAAAAUAUUUACACACCUAUUAAAGCCCUUAAAACUCUAAUAAACAAUCCACAUAUAAUACCACUAAUAUUCUUAUGGACUGGUAUAGUGUGUUUGGCGAACUAUUGUAUUUUGCUUCGCUGUUUGUCACUAUAUAUUAAUAUUAUAUUGUGUUCUUUGUAAUCUCAGAUUGUAUCUCUGUAAUUCCUAAGUAACUUUACUGCAGCACAUUAUAUACACUAGAACAGUAUAUUGGUGCUUUAAAAUGUGCCGUCAGAUAAUUGAAGUUAUUUUUCACCAAGUAACAUUAAAUGUGCAGGGUUUUAAGAGACUGCAAACAUUUUAAAGACGCUUUCGUGUUUACAAAGACCAGACAGCACUGUGCAGUUCCUGAAGGUUUUUAAACACCCUUGGUGCCACUAUAACUUUGUAUAUUUUAUAUUCAACCAAAUGUAUUCAUGCUUAUUCUCAAUUUCUCUUUUGUUGACCAUUUUCCUCUGGUCAGCAUUUGAUGAUGAAUGAUGGGACUUAUUGAUAAUUCUAAGGGCAUUGGACCUUGUCGCAUAGCUUUGCGUAUUCACCGACCACAAGUUAAUGUAUACGAAACACCCGUGAGAAAAUCAA